GUGGUACAUGUGUGAAGAUGCCUCCCAUGUCCCAGACCAGCUACCGUGUUCUUCCACCAAUCCAAAUCCCAUCCCGCCCAGAGGAACCAAUGACGCGGGAUGAAAUUCCAGUGUCAGAGGCCAUGAUGUCCCACCCGUGAGUGUCCCUGUUAACGUCCCCUUUAGGCUACUGUCCUGUUGAACACAAUGUUAAGAUGUGUCGUUAGUUGUCAUUGUACUGUAGAGAGAGUCCGUAACACAUCCGUUCUUGUUCUUGUUACAGUCAGUGGAGACUGGUCAAAAAGGUCCUAUUGAGAAAGGUAGAUAAAAUGUUUAGUUUCUAAAUCAAAAUAUUUUUUUACUCAGCUUGACAAUAACUAUGUGUAUCUGUACUGUGAUUUAACUUUCUCCCCUUUUUUCACGCUGCCUUUUUUCUCUCCUCUCUCUCUCCAUCCUUUUCUGUCUCUUCCCCCUCUCACCCUCUCUCUUAGAACAAGAGCAUCGCUGAGCUGCAGAAGCGCUCAGAGGAGAUGAUGGAGUGGGUUCUCCAGGUGGCCAAUGAUGGGGUUCUGCCCGCCAUGGCCCUUUACCAGGUCCUUCACCUCCACCAAGACCCUCUGUCUGCCGCUACCUCCCACAGCAGCAGCAUCUCCACAAGGAACAGGUCUUGUUCGUCUCCUCCUUCGUCCAAGGACCGGGCCUCUUCUCAGGGCUCAGCCCAGCCUGAUGUCCCCGAGGAUAUCAUCUCAGAGAAGUCCCACCCCCUGCUGGAAAGCGGGCUAGGAUCCAGGCCACAGGACAGGCUAUCGAGCGAGAUGCCCCCAACACCCCUUCACCCCAGUAGGUUCACAGAGGAGGAUAUCCUCGCCACGGCAUCCCUCACUGUGGCAGAGGUCAUCGCCAAGUUGAAGGGAGUGAUGGCGAGAGAUGAGGACAGGAAAGAGGCAAAGCUGUCUGCCAUCGUAGAGGAGCUCUGUGACUCGGCCAUGGACAAGGUGAUGGACGAGUUGGUGCUUCACCACCCGGGCAGUUCCUUGUCUGAAUUCUACUUGACAAGUAUCUCUGAGGACCUGAUCCUGAACACCUGGCAGGACGCCAAGGACAAAAUCCGGGUCCUCGCCGACAUCCAUACUGACGCCGUCAACGAGCGGAUGCCCCCGCGGCCCCUGUUGUCUGCCAACACCAACACGUCAGAGGCCAUCUUCCACAGGGAGAAAAAGAAGGCUGAGAAGAUGGCGUCGUUCUUCAUUGGCAGUGUGGCGGAGGCCUAGGAGAUGGAAAAGGCUAU